AUGAACAAGAGAGGACAAGGACACAAUCAAGAAGAGUAUACAGAUAACUUGCCAGAAUCAAAGAGACGGAAGCUUCCUGCUUUGGCAAGUGUCAUCGUGGAAGCUGUCAAGGUAGAUAGUCUACAGAGGCUAUGCUCAUCUUUGGAACCAUUUUUCCGCAGAAUUGUCAGAGAAGAGGUGGAACGAGCCUUCUCGACCUUGGAGAACUCGAAAUCAACUUCAAGAUCUUCAGAACCAAAGAAGAUUCAAGUCCCUGAUGGAAGGAACCUGCAAAUUCGCUUUAGAACACGAAUGCCUCCUCAUUUAUUCACAGGUGGGAAAGUUGAGGGAGAGCAAGGCUCAGCCAUUCACGUGGUUCUUAUAGAUGCAAACACAGGAAAUGUAGUGCAAACGGGAGAAGAAUCAGUGGCAAAACUGAAUGUGGUCGUGUUAGAUGGGGGAUUCAAGGAUGAAGAUUGGACGAGAGAACAUUUUGAGAGCUUUGAAGUGAAAGAGCGACAAGGAAAACGUCCCAUAUUGAAUGGUGGCACACAUGUGAUACUUAAGGAAGGCGUAGGAACUCUUGGAGAACUUACUUUCACUGACAAUUCGAGCUGGAUUAGAAGCAGAAAGUUUAGGCUCGGUGUUAAGGCAGCUUCAGGUCUUCACAUCCGUGAAGCUAAAACAGAGCCAUUUGCUGUGAAAGAUCAUAGAGGAGAGUUAUACAAGAAACAUUAUCCACCAGCUUUACAUGAUGAAGUUUGGAGAUUGGAUAGAGUAGCAAAAGAUGGAGCGCUACACAAGAAGCUUUUGAAAGCUAACGUCACGACUGUUGAAGACUUUCUUCGGAUUCUCGUGAAGGAUCCACAGAAGCUUAGAAGCUUACUUGGAAGUGGAAUGUCAAAUAAAAUGUGGGAAAACACAGUGGAACACGCCAAGACUUGUGUGUUGUUGGGUGGGAAACUUUACGUCUAUUACACAGAGCAAACGCAAGAGACAAGCGUUGUCUUUAAUCAUAUAUAUGAGUUCCAAGGCCUAAUUUCCAAUGGACACUUCUUAUCUCUGGAAUCUCUUAACCAUGACCAAAAGAUUUCUGCAGACAUUUUGGUGAAGACAGCUUACGAAAACUGGCAUAAAGUGGUUGAGUAUGACGGUAAGAUGUUGGAUUGUUUACCAGUCGCUAAACAGGAAAUAAAAAGCUUACCAGAGCCAAAAAUGUCUCUGAACCAUCAAAUGCAGCAGAAGACAUUGCAGUGUCAACAGAAUGCAUAUAGCUACGUACCGGUUCCUCAGCAACCGAUAGAGUAUCCUUCUGUGCAACAACCUUGCAAUCAACCAAGAGACUACACAUCAAGGGAGAGUUCUUCGGUUUCAGGGUCAUACAAUGGAGGCCUUGAAGAUAUAUUCACGGAGGAAAUACGGAUGAGGAGUUCAGAGAUGCUUGAGACCGAUGACAUGCAGAGAUUUCUCAAGACAUUUGGGAUAUCAGGUGGGUUUGGUCGUAUAGAUGAGUCCUGUUACGGUUUCAGUGAUCGGUAUCAAGGCCAGAUCGAUAAGGGAUAUGGAAGAGAACGAGGUAGAGGAUCAGGGAAAGCUGUGGUGGGAUGGCUUAAACUUAAAGCUGCACUGAGAUGGGGUAUCUUCAUACGCAAGAAAGCUGCAGAGAGGAGGCCUCAAAUCGUGGAGAUCGACUGA